AUCAAUUUAAUUUUGCAUUUGCUUUUCUUUGCCGCAUCUCCCGUUAUCUUAAGAAAAGGAGGAAACUGUGAAAGUUAUUCGCAAAAAUUAGAAAUAAUUAAAGAAUUGUUUAGUAUUCUUGUUGUUCAAUUUAUCUGUAUUCUGCAUUGUGAUUAAUUUGUAAGUGUACAAAAUUUUGUCGGCCAACAGAAAAUCGAAACGGAACAAGUGACGCUCAUUCAGUCUACUAGGCACACUGUCACAAGCAUUUCAUAAUGGAAGUGAAUAAUGAGAAUUUGCAAUUAUUAGCCGGCUAUUUACAACAAACUUUGAGUCCAGAUCCCAAUGUUCGCAGACCGGCUGAGAAAUUACUGGAAUCCACUGAGACGCAACGAAACUAUGCUGUCCUCUUGCUCAAUUUGAUUGAUAAGGCUGAAGUCGACAUGACUAUACGAGUGGCUGGUUCCAUUGCAUUUAAAAAUUAUAUUAAGCGUAAUUGGGCUAUAAAUGAGGACUCAGAUACGCCCGAUAAAAUCCACAUUGACGAUCGUAAUACCAUCAAAACUUUGAUUGUUACUCUAAUGUUGCGUUCUCCACCGGCCCUACAGAAACAACUAAGCGAUGCCGUUAGCAUUAUAGGCAAGCACGAUUUCCCCAAGAAAUGGCCUCAGCUUAUCGAUGAGAUGGUAGAGAAAUUCGGCACUGGUGACUUUAAUGUCAUCAAUGGUGUUCUACAAACAGCCCAUUCCCUUUUCAAACGUUAUCGCUAUGAAUUCAAAUCACAAAAUUUAUGGGAAGAAAUAAAGCUCGUUCUUGAUCGCAUGGCAAAGCCACUAACGGAUUUGCUUUUAGCCACCAUGCAAUUGACCAAAGUGCAUGAGAAUAAUGUGGAAGCCUUGAAAGUGAUCUAUGGAUCUUUGGUUUUGGUAUGCAAAGUAUUCUUCUCAUUGAACUCCCAAGAUUUGCCAGAGUUUUUCGAAGAUAACAUGGCCACUUGGAUGAAAUCUUUCCAUGAGCUCUUGACCAUAGACAUACCGUGUUUGCAUACAGGCGAUGAGGAAGAUGCGGGAGUUUUAGAGCAUUUGCGUUCACAAGUAUGUGAGAAUAUAGGCAUGUAUGCACAGAAGUAUGAUGAGGAAUUUGCUCCAUAUAUGGAGACAUUUGUAACUGCGGUUUGGGAAUUGUUGGUCAAGACAGGCAUGCAGACUAAAUAUGAUGCGUUGGUUUCCAAUGCCUUACAAUUUCUUUCGGUAGUUGCCGAACGCUCGCAUUAUCGCAAAAUAUUUGAAAAUCCUGAAAUUUUGGCAAACAUUUGUGAGAAGGUAGUCAUUCCCAAUUUAGAUUUCCGUCAAUCGGACGAAGAGUUGUUUGAGGAUAGCCCUGAAGAAUAUAUACGCCGUGAUAUUGAAGGCUCCGAUAUUGAUACUAGACGGCGUGCUGCCUGUGAUUUGGUCAAAACAUUAUCCCAGAACUUUGAAGCAAAAAUCUUCGGCAUUUUCGGUCAAUACUUGGAAAUUCUCUUGGGAAAAUACAAGGAGAACCCAGCUGUUAACUGGCGAGCCAAGGACACCGCCAUAUAUUUGGUCACCUCUUUCGCUUCACGUGGUGGUACACAGAAACAUGGUAUUACCCAGGCCUCAGAAUUAGUACAAUUGCCUCAGUUUUGUGCACAACAUAUAAUGCCUGAGUUGGAAAGGCCGAAUGUGAAUGAGCUACCGGUGGUAAAAUCUGCCGCCCUUAAAUUCGUUAUGGUUUUUCGCAGCUUGUUGGGUCAACAAACUUUGCUGGCAGCUUUGCCACAUUUAAUACGUCAUCUACCCGCUGAAAGUGUUGUGGUGCACAGUUAUGCAGCCUGUUCUCUGGAGAGAAUAUUUACCAUGAAAGAUCCCAAUGGGGCUUUGCUCAUUGGUCCUCAACAUUUGGCACCGGUGGCCAAUGAUUUGUUGGGCGGCCUAUUUGCCACACUUUCUCUGCCUGGCUCGGCUGAAAAUGAAUAUGUCAUGAAGGCCAUUAUGCGUAGUUUCUAUUCUCUGCAAGAGCAUUCCAUGCCAUUUAUGGCAAUAGCUUUGCCACGUUUAACCGAAAUUUUAACUAUGGUGGCCAAAAAUCCCUCCAGACCACAUUUCAAUCACUAUCUCUUCGAAACCUUAUCCUUGGCAGUAAAAAUUGUUUGCAAAACCGAGGCUUCUGCCGUUGCUUCCUUCGAAGAGGUAUUGUUUCCAGUUUUCCAAGGCAUACUGCAACAAGAUAUAUUGGAGUUUAUGCCUUAUGUAUUCCAAAUGUUGUCAUUGCUUUUGGAAAUACGUGAGGGAUCAGGCCCCAUACCUGAACCCUAUUGGGCUUUGUUUCCCUGUUUACUGGCUCCUCCGCUAUGGGAUCGUUCGGGCAAUGUUACACCUUUGAUAAGACUAUUGUGCGCAUUCAUUAGACAAGGUUCAGCUCAAAUAGCCACCAUGGAUAAAUUGAAUGCGAUUUUGGGUAUUUUCCAAAAAAUGAUAGCCUCUAAAGCCAACGAUCAUGAAGGCUUUAAUUUACUACAGAAUCUCUUGGCUUACUAUCCUACCAAUGCCUUAGAAGCCAGCAUGAGGCAAAUUUUCGCACUGUUAUUCCAGCGCUUGUCUUUAUCCAAAACUACAAAAUAUGUUAAGGGAAUUAUAGUAUUCUUUUGUUAUUACACUGCCAAACUUGGUGGUCCCUCUUUGGUUGAACUGAUCGAUCAAAUUCAGGCCAAUAUGUUUGGUAUGGUGGUAGAUCGAGUUUUCAUACCCGAUAUGGCAAAAGUGUCAAAUGAACUGGAACGUAAAAUUGUAGCUGUCGGUAUUUCCAAACUUCUGUGUGAAUGUCCUGCCAUGCUCUCCCCACCUUAUAACCAAUAUUGGUCCAGACUCUUGCAAGCUUUGGUGGAACUGUUUGAAUUGCCUCCCGAUAAAUCAACCAUGGAGGGUGAUAAUUUCGUAGAACCCGAUGAGAGUACUGGUUAUCAGGCAGCAUUUUCUCAAUUGAGUUAUGCACAACCUAAAACGCAAGAUCUCAUACCAGAAGUAACUGAUGGUCGCAAAUUUUUGGCUGAUUCUCUAGCCAAAUUAGCACAAACACGUCCCGGUGAAGUACCCCAGCUUGUAACGGCCAUUGGCGACAAUCACAAACAGGCAUUGCAAAAGUAUUGUGACCAGUAUGGAGUGCGCAUAGCUUAAGAUUCGCUUAAUAUUUGUUUUGUAAGUUUCUAUUAAAUUACCUAAAUAUAUUUGAUGUUUUACUCAUUUUUUUUUGUUAUGAUUUUCACCAAACUACUACUCGAUUAAAUCAUUUUUUGUACUUUUUUAUCUACUUGUAGUCAAGCCUUUUUGUAAGCAACUUUGUAAAAGUAAUGAAUAUAGAAAGUCUAAAUAAACCAUAACGAAUUUGUUAUAAUCAA